AUGUCACGGGGAAAUUUUGUGGAACUAUGCGAGGAAGAAAUAACUGACCAUUUUGUACAUCAAGGAAAAAAUUUGGUGUGGGAGGGAAACUACACAAUCCCUUCACUGAAACAUGUCGUCUUCAACGUUGUCAAACUUUACCCUUUAGUGAAACAACGAAAUAAUAAUUUUCUUAUAGGAUUAGUUUACUAAACAAGCAAAUAUACUUAAAAAAUCUCAAGAAUAAUUGAAGAAUGUAGCAAUAUUUUUUUAUUUUUUAAUUUAAAAAUAGUCAGCCGACAUUUGCGGACAGACUUUGGGAUCUGCAAUAGGGGUGGGUUGGGAUACACGAAACCCAAGACUUUUUUCGACUCGAUCUGAAGAAAUAUUUUGAAAACCCGACCUGAAAAUCCUUCUGACAUUUUUCCCUACCCGUGACGCAAGCCUGGACCGCAAGGUAUGCGUCGCCUAAAAACAAAUAAAAAUAGGGUCCGCAAAUGUCUGUAGUUUUUAAAAUAUGUAUUAGUAUUGUAUUUAGCUUAUAGUUA